AUGGGUGAUGAAACUACUAUGGUUUCUACUGAAAAUGUUUCAAAGAGUCUCAACUAUGACUCUAAUCACCCAUAUCAUCUUUCUUCUUCAGAUGGUCCUAGUAUUAAUCUCAUCAAUACCAACUUUGAUCGUAGAAGCUUUCCAGGAUGGAGAAGAUCAAUUCUCAUAGCUUUAUCUGCAAAGAAAAAGCUGGGGUUUAUCAAUGUUGUGUGCAAAAGUUCAGAUCUGAAUUUAGAGGAAGACUUACAAUGGUCUUCUUGUAAUGACAUAGUAACUGCCUGGAUUUUGAACUCCUUAUCCAAAGAAAUUGCUGAUAGUGUGAUUUGUAAUUGCACAUGUGAAGGGAAGGCAAAGAUAGCAAAAUCAGUCCAGGAUCAGAGGUUGAUUCACUUUCUCAUGGGUUUGAAUGAGGUGUAUACCCAGGCUAGAGGUAACAUUCUGAUGAUAAAUCAACUGCCUAGUAUGGAUAUUGUCUAUUCAUUGUUGCUUCAAGAUGAAAGCCAAAGGAAAGUGCACAUGAGUGCUCAGGUAUUUUCAGACUCAUCUUCUUUCAUGGUAACUAAUCAGGGGAAAUUCAACAACUAUAAAGGAUCAGGACAGUUCUCAAAAGUUCCAAGUUAUCCUAGAACUGGAAACUACCUUCAACCAAGUUAUCCUAGAACUGGAAACUACCCUCAAACUUAUCCAAAAACCACAAACUACACCCAGAAAUUCACCAACAAACCAAAAGGAAGAAAGAACACAUAUGACCCAAAUGCAACUUGUACUUACUACAUGAGGAUUGGGCAUUUAGUAGAUAACUGUCAUAGGCUACAUGGGUUCCCAGAUGAUUUCCAGUUUAACCAAAGGAAGAAUGCUCAAGUCACAGUCAAGGCUAAAGCAGGAGUAACUAAUGAAGAAACAGGUGAAGUUGGUGAUUCCCACACCACUCAGGAUGGAUUCAAUUUCCACCAUUUCAACAAAGAACAAAGAAAUGAGUUGGAACAAAUGUUCAAACAAAUGCAGGUGUCUCAUUCUUCAGUGUAUUCAGGACCAAAUACAAAUGCAAUAGCUGAUACCAUUCUCAAAUAUUCAGGAACAUAUUUCUCAGUUUUUAAUUCUAAUACUUGGAUAAUUGAUUCAGGUGCCUCUGAGCACAUGUGUUUUAACUCCGAUUCUUUCAGUAGUCUUGUUGCGCUCCCUGUUCCUUUAAGUAUAAGUUUGCCAAAUUCAUUCAGGUUACUUGUCGCUCAUACAGGGAGUGUUCCUAUUCUUCCUAAUCUUACUCUUCAAAAUGUCCUAUAUGUGCCAACUUUCAAAUAUAAUUUACUUUCAGUAAAUAGAUUAUAUGUUCAGAAUGGUUGUCACAUGGUAUUUACUAUCAGUGGGUGCAUUUUGCAGGACCUAUUAAUGAAGAGGGUAGAAGCUUUUGGUGAAGUUAGAGAGAGAUUGUACCUAUUACAACCUUCUAUGUCUCAGUCUAGUUUUCAAUCAAAUGAAAGAGUAAUUUCUUUUCAAGAAAGAAGUGAUUCCAAGCUAGUUUCUAAUUUAGUUUCCUUUCCAGUAGUUGGCAAUGUUCUUACUGAUGUAAAUCUGUGUCAUAUGAGACUUGAAAGGCAAUUCAACAAGAAAGUGAAGCGUAUAAGGUCUGAUAAUGCCUUGGAGUUAGGGACAGGAUCAGAAGAAGCAAUUUUCCUAGCUAAUAAAGAAAUUUUGCACCAAAAGAGCUGUGUUUCCACUCCCCAACAAAAUGGGGUUCUCAAAGGAAAGUGUCCUCAUGAACUCUUGUUUGGGAAAAUUCCUUCCUAUAAAUACCGUAAAGCUUUUGGCUACUCCUGUCUAGUUCAGCCAUUCACACCACAAUCCUCUAGCUUUAAUGCCCUAUCCCCACCUAACCAAAACAUUCAAUCCUCUAGCUUUAAUGCCCUAUCCCCACCUAACCAAAACAUUCUCAAAUCCAUUUCUAUGAUCACUGAACUAGCUAGUUGUUCUGAGGCAAAUUCUCACCCUGGGUGGCAAGCAGCUAUGAAUGAUGAGAUUCAAGCUUUACAACUAAAUCACACCUGGGAUAUAGUUGAGUUGCCUUCUGGUAAGAGAGCCUUACCAUGUAAAUAG